GUUCCCAUUUUUGGCACAGGGCGCCGGUCCUGGUCGCCACGACAACGGCGGUAGUUUGGUUCCGCGCUGACCCAACAAAGUCCAACAGUCGGCAGCGAGCGUCCGCCAGAGGCAGUCUGUUUCCGAGUUACGCGGCAGAGCUUGUUUGGUCGUGUGAUUGUCGGCAAGUGUUAUUGACGAUGAGGGAGAUCGUGCACAUCCAGAGCGGCCAGUGCGGGAACCAGAUCGGAUCCAAAUUCUGGGAAGUGAUCUCCGACGAGCAUGGAAUCGACCCCACCGGCACGUACCACGGCGACUCGGACCUGCAGCUGGAGCGCAUCAACGUGUACUACAACGAGGCGACGGGCGGCAAGUACGUCCCGCGCGCCCUCAUGGUGGACCUGGAGCCCGGCACGCUGGACUCGGUGCGCUCGGGGCCGUUCGGGCAGAUCUUCCGGCCCGACAACUUCAUCUUCGGCCAGAGCGGCGCGGGCAACAACUGGGCCAAGGGCCACUACACGGAGGGCGCCGAGCUCAUGGAGUCCGUCCUGGACGUGCUGCGCAAGGAGGCCGAGGGCUGCGACUGCCUGCAGGGUUUCCAGAUGACGCACUCGCUCGGCGGCGGCACGGGCUCCGGCAUGGGCACGCUCAUCAUCAGCAAGAUCCGCGAGGAGUACCCCGACCGCAUCAUGGCCACCUUCAGCAUCGUGCCCAGCCCCAAGGUCUCUGACACGGUGGUGGAGCCGUACAACGCGACGCUGUCGGUGCACCAGCUCGUGGAGAACACUGACGAGACCUUCUGCAUCGACAACGAGGCCUUGUACGACAUCUGCCUGCGAACGCUCAAGCUCACCACGCCCACCUACGGCGACCUGAACCACCUGGUGUCCGCCACCAUGUCGGGCGUCACCACCUGCCUGCGCUUCCCCGGGCAGCUGAACGCCGACCUGCGCAAGCUGGCCGUCAAUAUGGUGCCCUUCCCACGGCUGCACUUCUUCCUGCCGGGCUUCGCGCCGCUCACCUCCCGAGGCAGCCAGCAGUACCGCGCCAUCACCGUGCCCGAGCUCACGCAGCAGCUCUUCGACAGCAAGAACAUGAUGGCCGCCUGCGACCCCCGCCACGGCCGCUACCUCACCGUCGCCGCCGUCUUCAGGGGCAGGAUGUCCAUGAAGGAGGUGGACGAGCAGAUGCUCAACAUCCAGCUGAAGAACAGCUCGUACUUCAUCGAGUGGGUGCCGAACAACGUGAAGACCGCCGUGUGCGACAUCCCGCCGCGCGGCCUCAAGAUGGCGGCCACCUUCAUGGGCAACUCGACCGCCAUCAUGGAGCUGUUCUACCGCAUCUCGGAGCAGUUCACCGCCAUGUUCAGGCGGAAGGCCUUCCUGCACUGGUACACGGGUGAGGGUAUGGACGAGAUGGAGUUCACAGAGGCCGAGUCCAACCUCAACGACCUGGUGGCGGAGUACCAGCAGUACCAGGAGGCCACGGCGGAGACCUACGAGACGGAAGAAGAGGAGGAGGAGGAGGAAGAGGAGUAGACCCUUUUAUUGGAAUCCACUAGUGUCCUGUUAGGUUUAGGGUCUUUUGACUAUUAGCUCGAGGAAUCUGGGCGGUGGGAUUCCGGGCCGUUUUAACCUUUAAUUAUGCGUCGUUUUAAGUUUUAAUUUAGGCUAGGUGUAUUUUACUUUCGAGUGUAUGUACUGUGACAUGUGAUUCACUGAACCCUGUUAUGUUUUUUGUGUGUAUUUUGUCGUCGUCUUAACUGUACUGUGCGUCCGGGGCUGCUUCAGCCGCUCACGUGACUUGAAUAAUUUCUUAGGCCUAAGUUGAACAAUUCUCCUCGCGAAAUUUUUUUUUUCCCUGUCGUCGUGUUUACUUUGUGUCGGUCUCCGUCGUGUGUUCGGGCUUUUCCACUGCCAUUGUGUCUUUAAUAAAGUAAGACCAGUCUCGCA